CCACCUCGUUGUUUCCAAGAGCCGGUGUCUGAGGGAGGCAUUGGUUGUUGUCUUAUCUGUCUAUAUCGUCAAUUUUACUCAGCUGUUUACAAAACAUUGCGGGAACGAACGCGGUAUUUACAUCCACAUUACGGGACCAAGUUUUGGGCUAUAUUUUCCUGGAUCACAAGCGGCUUUUCUUCUGUCCGGAUGAAAGGAUUCCUACCGCAUUUUUGUUGAUGCAACGUGGACUUAAAGCUCUGACGGGAAACGGGAGAGCCGUACUGUCGUAUUAAAAUUACUGCUUUAAGUCCAAACAAACAAACGAAGAAUACACACGUCGUUGACCUGUGGUGGAUAUAUACCUAAAGGAAUGCUGCUGUCCAAGCUCAAUUCUUUGGCCCACAUCUCCACCGAUAUGCCGGCGAAAAUCCAGCUACAAGUUCACCCAGUGAAGGAAAAGGAGCCUUUCGAGAAGCUUUAUCAGGUCGGCGCGGUGCUGGGCAGCGGCGGCUUCGGCACCGUCUACUCCGGUACGAGGAUAGCCGACGGAGCCCCGGUUGCUGUCAAACAUGUGGCCAAGGACAGGAUCUCUGAGUGGGGGGAGCUGCCGAAUGGCUCCCGGGUCCCUAUGGAGAUCGUGCUGUUGAAGAAAGUCGGGACGGGCUUCCGCGGCGUAAUCAAAAUGCUGGACUGGUUCGAGCGCCCGGACAGCUUCAUCAUUGUGAUGGAGAGGCCCGAACACGUCAAGGAUCUGUUUGACUUCAUCACCGAGAAAGGUGCCUUACCGGAGGAGCUGGCCCGGAGCUUUUUCCGCCAGGUACUGGAGGCUGUGCGGCACUGCCAUAACUGCGGCGUGGUGCACCGGGACAUCAAAGACGAGAACAUCCUGAUCGACCUCCGCACUGGAGAGAUGAAGCUCAUCGACUUCGGUUCAGGAGCCUUACUGAAAGACACCAUAUACACAGACUUUGAUGGCACAAGAGUGUAUAGCCCACCGGAGUGGAUCAAAUAUCAUCGUUAUCAUGGACGUUCUGCAACAGUUUGGUCCCUGGGUGUCUUGCUGUAUGACAUGGUGUGUGGGGACAUCCCAUUCGAACACGAUGAGGAGAUCACAAGAGGGCAGGUCCUCUUUCGGAGGAGAAUCUCCACAGAAUGCCAGCAGCUGAUCAAGUGGUGUCUGUCUCUGCGCCCAGCUGACCGUCCAUCCUUUGAGGAUAUCAUCAACCACUCGUGGAUGCAGAGCACAUCCUCCUCUGUAGUUCCGUCCACAGUGCAGACAGAGAAGACUACCACAGAGAUCAGGCUGCACAGCAUCAGCCACGAGCCCACAGCUUUCAUGCCCACCCCUGUAGCCGUGGCUCGGUGAUGGUGGUUCGCUCUGGUCCGAACCGGACUGCUCUGACACAUGAGACUAUUACAAAAGACUUAUGUAAGAGACUUGAAGCGGAGAGGAGGAGGGAUGGGCUGCACACCAAGCGCAGACACAGGCGAGAGCAAGGUGUAAAGGACUGCUCAUGACAUGGCAGGCCAGACCCUCUUCACACUCACAACCCCAACUACUUGAUUUUCCCAGCUGUUGACCCACGCCAGUGUCAGAACAUCAUCCUUGCUGGACUCUGAUCUAGGCAGCAUGUUUAUCAGUCUGUAGAAGGGUGUGUUCUGUAUGCACAGACACCUGUGUUGAGCGAAUACAGUACAUGUGCUCACCGUUUUGCUGAAUGGCAAACGGGGAGUCUGAGUUAUGUAACCUCUCGCUCUGUUCUCUGCGUCACAACAGAGUGGGAUGUACGGAGGAGCUGGCGAAGAGAAGCAUAAUUUUCAAAAAGUGCCUUCUGUGAGAUUGUUGGGGGACCCUGAAAAUACUUGAAUUUGUGAUAGCAAAAAGGCUCUUCUUCUCAACGACCUUUUUGCUCCUCACUCUAUACAAGGCUUUAUAUUGAUUAUUGCUGUUGUUUUUUGUUUCUUUUUCCUCUCAUGGGCCUAGAUCAGUAAAGCCUAUGCCAUUUACCACUAUCACUACUUCUACUACUUCAAUGUCAUUAGCAACCAGACAACCUCACAGCUCCGGUAGCAACCUGUGCAAACAAAUCAUAAAACAAGAAACACUGGACUUACCUCACUCUCUUUACUACAGCGUGCACCUCUACUCGCUCUACUCUACAACCUCCGCUUCCUCUUCUUCUGGUGUUGUACUGUAUACAAACACAAGGCUUAGGCGACCGCUUGUCCACGUCCACCCAAAUGCACACCACAAUGCAAAGUCAAGUACACAGAAAUACAACAUCCCCUGCUCGUCACUUCGAUUUUUUUAUGUUUAAACAGUGCCUCACAAAGGUCUUAAAAUUCAGUGGAGAUAAGAAUUGUAAAUAAUAUUUAUUAUUGCUGUGACUUCUUUCUCACCCUCAAUGAGCGCAGAAUUUAUUUAUUUAUUUAUGAGAGAAUUUCGGCUGUACGUAUGUAUUUCAUUCCACAGUCACCGAAGGGCCCACAGAUUAUUUAAAAAACAAAGACAAAAUGAUUUUGACCAUAUUUAUGGCUUGAAAUUUUGGAAGAGCAGAUUUGUGUGUGUAUGUUUUGUGUAUGUCAUGUAAAUAAUGUUGUAAAUAGUCCCAGAAGCACUUCCAUCUUAAUGUAUCUAAACAUUGAAAGUCUACUGAUGGUAACUGGUUUGUUACACUGUUGUCUGCUAUGUGAGUUAAUUCUGAAUGUUGGAUGUCUGUGUGUAUGAAUGUAUUUGUGGACAUGUGUGGUGUGUUUGUGUGUGUGUGAGAGAGAGAGAGAAAACGGGGGAGAUGUGGGAAAACUUCUGGUUUCAUGUUUUCAGCUUGGAUUGUUUUUUUUUUUUUUCAUCCAUUCAAAUUAGAAUUGUAAAUUAUGUUAGAAACUAUUUUUAUACGAUUUCAAUAAAUAUUUUUUUAACUAUGA